AUGUAUCAAACUGCGAUGGCCAUUGUAAAGAUUCACAAAUUUGUUCCGAAGAAAAUGGCACAAAAACUUGCAAAGAAGCUAGUGUCAGUCAAAUGUGAAGAAUGCGUUAAUUCGAUAGGAUGUGUCGAAGAUAGAAAUGGCGUUGCUAAUUGCAUUUGUGAUUUGUCUUGGAGUGGACCAACAUGUUCGUAUCAAACUGAGGGAUGCGAUGAAUUGAAUUGCAUCAGUCCACAAAUUUGUCGCCAAACUAGCAAUGAAUAUGGAAAAGUAUCUUUUUGUGGAUGUGCUCCAGGAUUGCUACCUCCAGAUUGCUGGAAAAACACAGCAGCAACAUUUACAUCGUCAUCUUUUUUUUUUCAUCAAUCGAAAAAUAUUAAAAUCGGGUCCAUUUCAUCUUAUCAGUUGAGUUUAUCAUUUCGAACGACAUCUUCACAAACCAGGAUCGCUACUGGAGAAAAUAUUCUUGGCCAUGAGCAAUUCAUACUUGGAAUUGAAAACGGAUUUUUUGUUGCAAAUUUUUCUGACGAAAGUAUUAAUGAUUUCACUGAGUUUGCAGUGAAUGAUGAUAAGUGGUACACAAUAAAUAUCAUUGAUAUUAUGAAGAUACUGCGGCUAGAGAUUAAACGGAAUGAUUAUACUUUGGCCGUUGUAAAAAUGCCAAGAAAAAAUAACUUAGGGAUAUUUUGGACAAGAUUGGGCAAAGGUCGGGAGGACGGUUUCAGAGGAUGCAUACGUGAUGUUAUAAUCAAUGGCGAAAAUCUAGACUUGAUCAAAACCGGAAAAUCAUUUGGAGUUUCUGAAGGAUGCCAACGAACGAAACAAUGUAUUCCAAAUCCUUGCCAAAAUGGUGGCUUAUGCACGGAUCAGUGGGACUCAUUUGUAUGCCAUUGUCAGCGACCAUUUCUCGCACCAUAUUGUAUUGAGAAAAUAAAUGAAUUUACCUUUGGGCAUCAAAAUCAGUCGUCAAUUACCGAAAUUGACUUGAGUGCAGAUUCUAGUUUGGUUGAAAUGAAAACGCAUAUGAGCGUUCUUUUAAGAACAAAUAAACCAAAUGGAACAAUUUUCUAUAUAGGCGAAAAAAAGUUUGACGAUGUAAGUACAUUCAUAUCGAUGGAGAUUCUUAAUGGAUCAGUAGAAGUUAAAACUCGACUCGGUGGAAAACGUAUAUUUUCAACAAAUUCGAAUGAAAAGAUUGACGAUAAUAUUGAACAUCUUGUGGAACUAAUUAGAAACCACAACAGCAUACAGGUAUUUUGUAAUUUCGGCUAUCGGAUCUGGAGAAUUUGGGGCAUUCAAAAGUUAAAAAGAGAAUUUGCAAAUUAUUUACUGGUUUUAAAUGAAACCACUGUUAUGCGUGGAUCGUACGUCAAACAAUCGAGUGAAUAUGAAGUAAAGUGGCGGUUCGAUCAUCCGCUCCUCGCAGAUACGUUGAACAUCGGUAGUACAAGUGAUGAAUUUGGUGAAGCAUUUUAUUCAAAAGAAUUCUAUAAAGGCACAAUGAAGGAUUUUCGGAUAAAUGAUCAAAUUGUCUUACUGAAAAAUAUACCAUUUAAUUUUGAAGCUCCGCAGAUUGGAAAAAUUAUUCGAGAGAACAAUGUUUUAAAUGGUACAAUAUCCGAUGAUAUUUGCAACACAGUAUAUCCUUGUGUCCAUGGCAAAUGCGAAAACACUUUCAACGAUUUCCAGUGUUUUUGUAAUUUUACAUGGACUGGAUCAAAAUGUGAUAAGAAAGAUUACUGCGCAAUAUCACCUUGUAUGGCCAAUUCUAUAUGCAUUAAUUUUGAUGGAGGAUACUCGUGUACUCAAGCCGCAACAUUUUUUCCUACUUCAUCUGUCUCGUACAGUCGUAAGAAUAAUUCAUUCGUGGGAGGUAAUGAAAUGAGAUUUUCAAUCAGGACACGAUCGAAUUUCGGUCAAAUUUUGUUGCUGGAAUCAGGUGAUAAUUCUAUGUCUGUUGCACUGGCUGAUGGAUUACUAGUAUCUCAGUUGAACGUAGAUGGCAUGAUGCAAGCAAAUAUAUUAUCAUCAAAUAUAACUGAUGGGAAUUGGCAUAAAAUUGUAUUAACAGAUAAUUCUGCAAUUAUUGAUGGAAAUAUUAUUCUUUAUGCUAAUAAUUUAGAAGGCAUGGAAAGGAUAGUGAAUCAUGAGAAUAAUAAUUUAAUGCUUGGACGAUAUCACCAUAUGCCAUCUUUCAGUGGAUGUUUGAGAGAUAUCCAAAUAGCGGACUCACCUAUUAUUUCAUUUUUCGAGACCGAGAAAGCUGGUGUUUUAUUCAAUAGUAGCAUUUCGGUAUUUGUGUUAAAAAAUAAAGUUAAUCUCCGAAAUGAUGGAUGUUAUUCAAUAGAUAUUUGUGGAGUUCGAAGCCCAUGCAAAAAUGGUGCAUCUUGUUUAGAUGAAUGGAACCGCUAUUUUUGUAAGUGUCAGUCAGGAUACUCCGGUGAAUUUUGUGAGAUAAAAAUUGACAAAUGUGCUGACAAUAAGUGCAAGCAUGGACAAUGCAUCAGCAACGCAGUCAAAUACAGUUGUUUGUGCGAUCCUGGAUUUACCGGCGAAUUUUGUGAUAUUGAGAUGGAUUUGUGUGCAAAAUCGUCAUGUUUAAAUGGUGGAUCUUGUUCAAUGAGGAAUGGCAUGGCAUUUUGCAAUUGUCCCAUCUCAUUCGUUGGAUCUCGAUGUCAAGUGAAGAAUUCGUUUUUGUGCGAAUGUACAGAUGGUUAUUACGGUGAAUUGUGCGAUCUCAAAGUUGAUUAUUGUUUGAACAGUGUUUGCAAAAAUGGUGGAAGGUGUAUUUCAUUAAAUGAUGGGUUUAAUUGUUCGUGUCCGGAAGGAUAUUCAGGAAAGUUUUGUGACGAGGCAACAGAUGCUUGCAAAAAAUCGCCUUGCGCACAUGGGGUUUGCAGAACUAUAUGGAAUAAUUUCUUGUGCAUUUGUGAUGAAGGUUGGAUUGGAGAAGAUUGCAGCUAUGAUGAUGAUGAAUGUUUGCAAUAUCCUUGUGAAAAUAAUGGCGAAUGUUUGAAUUCAGAAGGAUCUUUCACUUGCAAAUGUUCCGAGUUCUAUUUCGGUGAUCGAUGUGAAGUAUCUGGCUCUUGCAUUAGUGAACCAUGCAGUAGCACAGGCUCUUGUGUGCAACACUCAAAAUUAAAUCAUUCUUGCAUAUGUGAUGUCGGUUAUACUGGACAGCGAUGUGACGAGCUUGUCGAUUACUGCAGCUCAAGUCCAUGUAUAAAUGGCGGCACAUGUAUAAGUCUAAUAGGGUCGUUCAAAUGCCUAUGCAUUCCAGGCUUCACAGAUGAAACUUGUUCAACUGAUAUCGACGAUUGCGAGGAUGGCUCUUGUCAAAAUAAUGGUCGUUGUAUCGAUCGUCUAAAUGGCUUCGAGUGCGAUUGUAAUGGAACUGGAUAUCAAGGAUUGCACUGCACCGAUGAUAUAAACGAAUGCGAACUUGGUCUAUGUGUCCAUGGCACUUGCAAUAAUAGUCAUGGAUCAUUUUUAUGUUCUUGCUAUUCAGGUUCAGUGAAAAAACUUUUGAAAAUUUCAGGUUAUAUUGGUUCUAAAUGUAAUAUGAAAAAUCCAUGUUUGCUUGAUGUAGAAAAUCGCACUCAUCAUAACUGCAUUCAUGGUGUUUGUAUAAAUCCAACGGUGAUCUCCAAUCCUGGUGGUGAGGAUAAUAUACAUUAUGAAUGUCGGUGUGAUGAAGGAUAUUCUGGGUUAUACUGUUUUCAACAAGAAUUUAGCAAUUCUGUGCCAUUUAGCUACGUUGCUGGUCCUAUUAUUGUAUUCUUGCUAGCUUUUAGUCUACUUAUUUGUGUUCUCAUAUGUAUCAUAACAUUACGAGAUCGUCGUGCGAUGCAGGGUAGUUACAGUCCAUCAAAUCAAGAAAAUGGAGCAGCUCGUCUGCCGGUAUAA